UGUGUAUGUUUGUUCAUAUUCAGUAACCACUUUAACUUGCUCAGGGUUACUGUGGUUCUGGAGCCUCUCCUGAGAACAAUGGGAGGCGGGGAUACACACCAGUCCAUCACAGGGCAACAUGGACAUGCAUUUACACACUUGGGGAUAGAAACAGAAACAGGUUUGGGAGAUAGGAGAAAACUCGCAUGGACAAAGUGGAAAAUAUGCGAAACUCCACACGGACAGGAUUGAACUCCAGGACCCUGGAGCUGUGAGAUGGCAAUGCUACUCCUUACACCACCAUGUCAGUUUAUACACUAUACUGAGUGAUAAAAGUAGUGGCUCACUGAUUUAAGGUUCUAUAAAAUAGUGAUCGAAAGAUUGAAAUCCCAGGACUGCCAGGACGCAUCAGUUCCAGCUAUAAUGUGAGUGGCGAUGUAUCACUACACAGUCUGCUAAGAACUACAAUACAGAUUAUAUAUUAAACUGGGACACCACAGUUGCUUUUCAUUGUGUCACUAUGUGUUUGUGGUAACUCCGCUGUAUAAAAGUUUUUCUCCACAGCACUUUCCUAAACAGUGCUAUUGUUCACAAUAAAUGAGUGUAGGGUUAACGUGUCAGAAACUUUCCGAUUCUUAAAUACUAGAUGAAAAGGUUGAUUCUGAAAAUGAUAUUUUAAAAGAUAGACUCCAUAGGUCAUUUAUUAUUAUUAAGUUUUUUUUUUUUAAACAUAAUUUUGGUCUUGCAUGUCAAAUUGUUCUUGACUUUAAGGGGUUCAUCUGUCUGUAGAUAUUUUAAAUAUUCAAACAUUUAUGCUAUCAACUGGUACACUAUGUGGCAUCUGACCGUCACACAUGUGGUUCUUCCCCAAACUGUUGCCACAAUGUUGGAACCGCACAAUUGUCUGGGAUGUCUUUGUAUGAUGUAGUGUUGAGAUUUCCCGUCACUGUAACUAAAACGCCCAAACGUUUUCCAGCAUGACUAUGCCCUUGUGCAUGAUGUCCAUGAAGAAAUGGUUUGGAGUGGAAGAACUAGAGUGGCCUGUGCAAAGCCCUGACCUCAACCCCACUGAACACCUUUGGUACGAACUGGAACACUGACUGCACCACAGGCCUUUUCAUACAUCAGUGCCUGAGCUCAUUAAUGCUCUUGUGCCUGAAUGAGUAAUUUCCUGCAGCCAUGCUCCAAAACCUAGUGGAAAGCUUUCACAGAUGAGUGGAGGUUAUUAUAACGGCAAAGGGGGAAUAAAUCUGAAAUGAGGUUUUCAAAAAGCAACUAUGGGUGUGAUAGUUAGGUGUCCACAAACUUUUGGUCUUGCAGUGUAUAAUCCUGUGCAAGACACAAACGUAUUAAAAUUUUAUAUAUUGUGUAGUAUGAACAUAUACUCACUUUUCUACCUGGCUUUUGUGUACUUAAUAAAUUUUACACUACUUUUCCCUGUAGCAACUUACACCUCUGUUACUGGACGUAUCGUGAUUUAUAUUCCAAGUAUAUGAUAACUUUGUACUGCUUUCGGUUAGGCUGCCAUCAUUAAAAUACAACACAACUCUGAUUAUGUUUGUAUGAACGCUAACACAAUAAGGACUACAAAUCCCAACAACCCCAGUCAAACUUCCGGUGUGUAGUUCCUAGUAAAGGGAAAAUAAAAGUCUCUAAUAUAAAUACUAUGAAAUACCAUGGAAACAACGCUAUCUUAAAGACGCUAUCUUUAAUUUACAUCGCGCUAUAUUAGCUGGCUUAACGUUCAGAAAGUCAGUGUUUUCAUUUAUUAAAUAAAUCUGAACUUCUGAAUUACUGGACAUAUCUGAGCAAUGCCUCAGAAAGCAGCCAAAGUGGUGGUUGAAAUUUACGUCAGAGCGGUGACCUGUCCUGGAGUACACCUACCGGCAAAGGAUGACAUUUACCUCAGCGUGUGCCUGAUGAACCAGUACAGAAUGUCACAGUGUCUACCAGCUGUAUUCCCAUUACUAUUUAAGACGAAAAUGACGUUUGACAAGAUAUUCAAGUUUGCCAGUGAUCCUGCAGAUGUGGCUGAAAUGUUGCAAUGUGAAACUGUUAAACUUAAGCUCAUACAGCUGAUUCCCCCGGUUGGGGAAGUGUUGGCCGUAUAUGAGGAUGAUGCUAGAAGUUUUCUUUUCCCAGAGCCUAAGCUGGUGCCUUCUUUUUCUGGGGUAGACUGUAAGGUGCUAAUGACAAGAGAGCCCACUUUUCCUGGUAUUUCUCCAAGGUUAGAGUUCUCCACCAGGACAAAAAUCAAGAGUAAUAACAAGGAAAAGAGCAAAAUCGUCCAGGCAUCAGGGCUGCUUCUCUGCACUGGGAGAGACGCCGAGGUCCCGUUCCCUCUCUCCGUUCAAGAGCUCAGGUUCAAGCCGGUGUUGUGUGGAACUCCGUUUCCCCAUCGGGAUAGGUCCCCCCCCCCCCCGCCCAAACUGAGAAAAAAGUGCGCGCGCACGAAAACCUCGCCCCCGAGAUGCUGUGCUCGUACCACUGAGGUACUAUGGAAAGCCCUAAGGCUCAAAACUAACGUUUUUUUAGUGACUUUUAUCUGCAGAAUGUUGUAUUCCAGAAGUGAACGGCAUAUUUUAUGACUGUCUAGUUAUAUUUUGAAAAUUGGGUACAGAAUUUAUAUUUGUUGCCUUUUUUUAUGUCUUUAUUAACACAAACACCUACUGUUAUUUCAAUCAAUAAAUAAUGUUAUAUUUGUGA